AUGCUGUCUUGGAUCAACAAGAAUCUAGCCAGUAAGCUGGAAAGAGAGUUCGAGAGUACGGUUGACAGCCUAGCAGCUGAAAGUGGCCAAGCUGAAACUGAUGCACAUGCAAGCGUUUCACUUCUGAGCGACUGUUUGCAAGAUAGGUUCAACAUGUUUCAGCUCCAGCUUAGCCGGUUUCACUCAGCGCAUGAUGGUCGUGGUCCAAUAUUUGUGUCGUGCAAAUCCUGGCGGCGGCGGCUGUGUCCGUCUUUGUCCAGCUUUAGUCUGCUCGCUUGUACCGAGAGGGCUGCAUCGGAAGUGGAUCCUGGCUCUCUUCGGGUGAACAAGCACGCCUCGAGUACUGGCGACCAUCUUCGAGAGCAAUAUAUCGAGGCAUCAGCCGAGCUGGACGCUAUCAUGAAAGACGACAUCCCUCGCCUUCCAACAUCUUCGCAAAACUCUAUGGCAACUGAUAUUGGUUAUCAAAUACACGGCAAAGUCCCCGCGUCACAUCUUGCGUAUUGGAACUUCGACAAAGACGUCGCUUUUGAGCUUGCCACUCAAAAUGGCUUGCUCGCAUUGCCUGUGAACAUGUUUAAUCAGAAUUUGAUACAUCUUGCGGUCAAAAUGAGCGAUAUUGGCUUUCUGAAGAGGCUGGCGGAUGAGGAUCGCGGAUGCUUUGCGAAAGCCUUAGGAGUACAGAACCAUCUCUCAACGAUGCAAUAUCACACACCACUUGAACUUGCGAGCAUAAUUGGAGACAGCGACAUCUUCUGUCUCCUUGCUGCAAGGUCCACCGAAAUCCACUGCUGGAGCGAAGUUCUUCCCGAACCAGCCGUGACCAUCAGCAAUCUAACUACGACCGGUUCCAUGGACCAUGAUAUGACAGGCUGGCUGGUACCCAUGGAAGCAGCACCGGAGAACAACGUCAAUGAGAAGAUCUCUUAUCUAUAUGAUUACUUAUUUAGGACUGGACAGGUUCCUCUCAAUGACUCGAUACGAUCAGUGCAACACGACCUCGACCAUCUCAAGAUGUCACAGGAUGAGACCACGUUCAACAGUGGAGAAGACCCUAAUGACUUGUUUCGAAGCAAUUUUCUGGGCCACAAGCCUUCCAAGCCUCUGCCUGAUGCAACCUGA